AUGGGUGUGAUACUAAUUGGUUCGGAUCCAAGUGCCAAUACCAAUGUCAUUGCCAACAGCAGUGAUGUUUCUUCAUUAGAUGUCAUUGAAAUUCAAGCCACGGAUGAACGUAUGUUUCAAAUUUUAAAAGACAACAAUGACAACACAUGUGUCAAUACCGAAGCGAUAACUAUUGAGUGGAAAAGGUUUUAUGCCAUACACUGGACACGAGUGGUUGUUACUGAUCCAGCUUUGUUGUAUAACGACCUUCACGUUUUCUCUCGAGAAGUACGAUCGGACAAAGAACAAGAAGUCAACAUAACAGCUUCUAUUGUACACAAUACUUCUAUAGAUCUAUACUUCACAAUAAAAACUUUGGCAAGGUUUAUCUUGAGAAGUAAGAGCAACGUGAAUCUUGGGAUUUGUUCCAUGUGGAUAAGUGGAGGACGUAACGUUGCUUUGAAACAAGUUACUAAACAGAGCAGUGUAUUAGGGAUGUCACAGUCAAAUAAUGCAGUGGAUGGAAAUAGGAAAACUUGCUCAAGAACUGAUCCCCAAGAUGGCUCACCACAUUGGAGUAUAACAUUUGCAAUACCAUACCCCAUCAGAAACUUUGCGCUACACUUUGAAGCGAAGAACAGAUUGUAUAUGUAUACAAUGAAGUCAAUCAACGAACAUGGUCAAGAUGUUGGUGCAUAUACAAGUACAUAUAAGGACGACUUAGAUGAAUUGAUUUCAGCAAAAACAGUAAUGGUAAAGUCUAUCAAAGUCCAAGUUGACCAUAAACUAACAGGAGACGGGUCUCUAGUAAUAUGCGAAUUUGAAGCUUAUACAGAAUGCCCACCAAUGAAGUGGGGCUUAGAGUGAGACAAUGACUGUAACAGUUUGUGCACGCAAGGUUGUCGUACUGAUGAUGGCUUGUGUUUAGAUCAAUGUGUUGGAUACACAGAUCCACCUAUGUGUACAAAAGCUUGUGAAAAUGGUUUUUAUGGAUUCAACUGUUCACAACAAUGUUCCACUACUUGUAAAGAUCAACUUUGUCAUAAAGAGAAUGGAAAGUGUAUUCAAUGUGCUUCUGGAUACAAGGGUGACUACUGUACCGAAAGUAAGCAGCGUUGAAACAUUUUUGGUAAAUUUAAUAAUUAACUAUGCACGCAUUAACUUGUUAUUUGUUAAUUUUCGUAUUAAUUUCUAUUUUUAAAAAGUCAUUCAUUUUAAUUACGUGUAUGCAUCAAUGCAAAAUGAAAUGAUAUUCUUGUAGGUGAAUGCUUACAAAAAAAGACAUUAACCGUUCAAUUAUCUAACAUUUAAUCGUCUAUGAGCUUUACCGCUCAGCC